GAUUUCACCACUGAGGUCAGCCGUAACUUCCAACAGUUGUUAAGCGGCCGUAAAUUGAGGAUUACCUCCAAUGCCUUAAGGAGGUUUAGUUUCAAGCGGAGAUGAAUUGAGAGCAGAUACACAGAGGUUAGAGCCAUGUUAUUGGUGAAGAUUGAUAUCUCCUGCUUAGAAGAGACUACUCUCUAGAUGUUUGGUAGAUCCAAUUUGCCUCGUAUGGUGAGAUUCACUUCUCAUUCUUUUUUUUCCCUCAACCCUUCAGAUUGACUUCCUAAAUUCGGUCAUUGUGGAUCUUCAAGAUAAAAACGCCGAACUGAAAUCGAAACUGAACAAGAUGUCCGAGGCGGCUCUCAACGGAGAUGAGGAAGAAGUUAUUAACUAUGACAGCGAGGAAGACAACCAAGUCAAGAGGAAACCUCGCCUCUUCUGCGACAUUUGCGAUUGUUUCGACCUCCACGACACCGAAGAUUGUCCUACGCAAGCCCAGGCGCCUGAGGAACCCCCCCACUCCACGUACCACGGCAGUCGGAAGGAGGAACGUCCGUACUGCACCAUUUGUGAGAUGUUUGGCCAUUGGACCGCCAACUGCAACGACGACGAGACCUUCUGACACAGGACAGGAGCGGAGAAAAUGGAACGUUGUUUCGGGCGCUAGUUGGACCUUGUCCUCCACCACCAAUCUCCAAGGGUGGGGCCAGAAGGAGGGAAGAGAGUGGGGACCGGCACUCUUUCCUCCCAGAAUUCCUUGCAGCACCCACCACCCAGAUUUUUUUUUUAAAAAAAGGACGCUGUGGAUCUGGUCUGCCACAAGCAAGAUAGUUUAUUCUGCCCUUUUUACGAUGAAAUUAAAAUAAAUAAUUUAACAGGGGCUGCCAAUUUUCAUUUAGAAAUUUCAUUUCCUGGGUUUUGCAUCCAGAAACUUCCCUCCGGUCGCGUGGCUUAGUUUGGGGGGUGGGAGGGAGGGAGGUGGGGGAGGAAAUGAGAGGAGGUGGGGUGUCAAACCCAAUAGCUCACUUUUAGCUCACUUAAAGCUCUUUGAAAUUAUGCUGUUAAUUUUCCUAUUUGCACUACUACGCUCCUCCAAGCUGCGGUUGUACGGAUUUAUUUAACGUUUGUAACGUUCUGACACUGGAAUGGGUUGAAGAGGCUAGCUCUUAUUUUUUUUAUUUUUCCAACGUUGUUUGUUUUUGUUUUUGUUUUGCCUCGGCUUUGUGAUCUCUCGAUCAACCGACACGCGUGUGCGUGUGCUACUGGUGCAAGACCUAGAAGUAGUGCCUUCCUUGUCCGCGAGAUUUCUUUUAACGGUGUGAGAUUUUGUCGAGGCAAAAAAAAUACCACAAAGCAGGUCAGCCACUGUGGGAAAAUAUUUUUUUUUCCCCCCUAACGAAACCUCUCCAGUUCUGCGUUGGGGAAAUCUCCUCCUGUUUUUUCAGCUUCUGUAGAGUUGUACAUAAGUACAUAUAUAAAUAUAUUUAAGAAAAACAAAGAUUUAUAUUUUGGAAAACAAUCUUGAUUGUCUUUAGUGUUUCUGUUCUUCUGAAAAAGAGGGCUUUCGUGUACCGUAACUUGAUUCAAUGACUUUAAACCGCCUCAAAAAACUUGGGAGAUUUUUUUUUUUUCUGACGGGGGUGGGUUUGGGAUGGGGAUAAGGGGGCAAGUUUGCAUGUACCAAAAAAAGGACACAAAAAAAAAAUCUUCCGGCUACAGUUUGUAUCCUGUAACAGAUUUUUUUUUUAUCAAAGGUCCGUCCUGAAAUCAAGACCGUUUCUUAAAACCAAUUUAAGAUGUAAUUUAUUUAUUUUCCCCUGGAUUGGAAUUUUGUUCCUGAUGAAUGUAAAAUAGAAAACUCAAUGUUGAAAUAAGGUGAAGUUUCUAAGAAGCUGAUAACCUUACAAGAACAUUUUAAGAAGUAUACAAAGGAGCACAUUUCUGAGUAAAACUGUUUUCAUGCUAAUUUAAUGCCCCGGGCGUUCCUGUGGAGUUACUCAAAGAUGAUGCCAUUCUGGUUUUGCUCUCUUCUUUUGAAUGUCACAAAAAAGAAAGGUAAAGAAAACACUAUCAGCCUUCCUUGCAUUAUGGAAGAUUUUAACUCUUCUAUAACUAUGUUUGGGUUUAACCUGUGUUUCUUUUUACACGCACACACAGACCUAUAGAGAGGCACAUAUCUGUGCUAGUUGUUAAUUAUUCCCAGAUUACAAUCAGUAUUUGGUCUAUGAGGUUUUUUAAAAAAUAAAUCAAUGUAACUGUUUGAACUUUGGAGUAAAGAAUGUAUUAUAGGGAUAGUCAUUAAAAAAAAGCAGGGAAAUCAGUAUUAAACUAAACCAACUGUACUGUAUCUUUAAUAAAGGGAUUAUUCUCUACUCGUCA